GUCCGCAGUCGACUCUCAGUGUGUUGCCAACUUUUGUAGUGAGAGGACGCGCGGUGCGGUGGUCGCCCCAGACAUUAAUUGCUGGAUCCUGUUUACAUCUAAACACGCGGGAGGCAACUUAUCACAUGUUCAAAAUUAAAAUGGUGGAACUCAAGACCAAAGGUUGUGUUCCAGCUGUGUGUGUCUGUGAGACAAUUCUGCACCCACACCACCACACAACCACCACCACCAACGCCCUUCACCACCACCAUCACCACCACCACCACCCGCAGGCCACCAAGAUGCCAUCAGGGCCGCAUGCGUCGCGAAUCGUCCGCAAGUAUCGCAGGUCGAGACUAAAGAGGGUGAAGAAGCAGGAAUACAAGAAGUUAAGAGAUAUGGUUCCAGCGCUACAGGAAAGGGCUAUCGUUACCAAGGUGGAGGUCAUUGAAGAGGCUAUCAAAUACAUAGACGAGCUCCACACAGCACUUAUACAGAGGUUUCGCGCCCAGGGCCUCCCAGACACACUCAGAGACUUGCCGUUGGAGCCCCGCGAAGUCCAUGGUGGCAACAUCAGAGAAUUGGUGCGGCAUCUCUUGGCCUCUUCCAACCCCGCCUCCUUGCCCCCAGCACGCAUUGAGAACGCCAGGACCCUACCUUCCUUCAUCCAGAAGCUAGGCAAGACGAGACGGUGCUAAGGGAGGAGGUGAAUUAGUCAAGAGAAAUCGGUGGCGCCCUCUAGGGUGUGUGCGCGCGCGGAAGGGGUACCAGGCAGCAAAGAGGUACCAGGCAGUAAAGGGGAUGCCAGGCAGGAAAGAAGUACCAGGCAGUAAAGAGGGGUACCAGGAAUGGAAUGGUUACAGACCACCAAUAGGCUCCCUUCGACAAGAGAGUUCAAUUUCGUUUAAUGCUAUUGAAUACUCUGUAUUAUAUUCCUUGGAAAUAUUGACAGAAAACCUACAAUUAUAUGUUAAAAAGUUAUGAAAAAUAUGUAUCUUAGAGUUAUGUCCUUAAUCCUGUAUGACGAUAAUGACGACCAGAAUCCACUUUCUGUGGCAGGAACACAAUGGGACUCCAGCAUACGUUUGGAAUCACCAGAAACAUAUAUGAAACCUUUCAGAAUCCUGGAAUUCUAAUGUUUUGAAGACUAAGGCUGAUAUGACAGCAAUCUGGUUCCCAUUUUAAGAUUCUUGUCUGUAAUCCAUGACAUCAAGUAUAUAUAUCAUUAAAUUAACUAAAAAUGCGUUCAAGUCAUACACAAAUCAAAAUGCUGGAUAUCUGGAAGUGCUGAACCCAGACCGCAGGAACAAGGUAAAGUAUGCAAGAGCUAGUCCUAACCAGGAGAGAGACGAAUCCAGUUCAGUUCCAUAAAAAAUCUCACUGAGACACACACACACACGAGUUACAAAUCAGAAAAAUAUUUUGCUGGAGAAACUGAAAAAAAAAACUAAAUAAUUUCGCCAGCCAAGACAAAGUGUCACACGAACAUACAUAAAAACCCUAAGAUUCGAAUCUCGAAGAGAGAGAGAAAAGGAAGGUGACCUUCCAGAGAUGGUCUGGAUGAUACGAGGCCAAAGAACCUUAAACCCUCUGACUCCGUGACUGCCGGACAGUGAGUCAACUGAGGACACUGUUGGCGACUGUCGACAUCUGAGGACAUCUGGAAUUAUCUAAGGACAACAUUUUCAAGAGGAAACUAGAUUUAUUCCUCCAAGGAAUGCCGGACCAACCGGGCUGUGGUGGGUAUGUGGGCCUGCUGGCCGCUCCAAGCAACAGCCUGGUGGACCAAACUCUCACAAGUCGAGCCUGGCCUCGGGCCGGGCUUGGGGAGUAGAAGAACUCCCAGAACCCCAUCAACCAGGUAUCAACCAGCAUCGCCUGCCACCUGGUGACAACCACGGGGACAUGGAAUGAUGGUCAAGAGCGUCCGGCGAGGUUACUACCCCAUGCGAAGGUAUAUGGGAAUCAAAAUAGGUCACGAAAGACACCAGAACACACAAGGGAGACAUCACAAUGCUUCAUACUGGACACACACACGCCAACCAGGAAAUUUAAGGAACUUGAAUAUGGAAGUAUUAUACAAACAAUUGGAUAUACAAACUACAUCGCUGGGGGGGGGGCGGGGGGGGUCACCGCAGAUGGAGAAUAUACAUCGCUCCCAGGAAUAUACAACCCCCCCCCCCCAGCAUACAACAAAAGACCCAAUAUGGGAUACGACAACAUCAACAAAAGAUGCAUAGAUGAAUCCAAACAUCAUAACUUGAGAAUAAGACAUAUCUCAUUAAGCACAACCAACGAACACACAGCAUCUUCAUCAGCAAACUGUCAAAUAAGACCGUUAACAGAGUCCAAGUAAACACAAGGAAAUAAAACAGCAAAGUAGCAUUAAUGACGUGACAUUACUAAUGAACACGUUAAAUAACUUGAAGGCAUCAGUAU